AUGGAGGAUGGAGAUGGAGGGGACCUAACACCAUUCUGGGUCCAAAGCACCACCAAUGCCCGCCGUGGGGACCGCCUCCGCCGCCGCGCCUCUGCAAUGUUCCUCAGCUCCGGGCUGGUGGUCUUCCUCCUGCUGGUAACAGCUGUGUUUUUCUUGGUUUUCAUUCUGCCCUCAACCAUUUCUCUCAGCUCUCAGAUCUUCAGGCCCAACAGUGUGAAGAAGAGUUGGGAUUCUCUGAACAUUGUUCUUGUUUUGGUGGCUGUGGUGUUUGGGUUUCUAAGCAGAAACAAAAACGAGGAGAGGUUUAAUAAUUAUGUCGAGUUUCAAUAUUCUCCCAGUAAACAACAGGAUGGAAUCAAAUCCAAUUACGGAACACUUGAGAGGCGGAAGUCUAAUCUUUCGAAUUCGAGCAAUUGGUAUGAGUAUUCUGAUUAUGAAGCUAAAUUGGAGCGUAAAAAUUCAAUCUUGACGAGGAACAGCAGCUCGUACCCCGACCUGCGUGAUUUUCCGGCGACCGAUUAUUGGUCUUACGGAGAUUAUUACCGGAGGAGGUAUUUUGACGACAUUCACGUUGAUACGGGCCGUAUUUGGAUUUCCGACCCGGAUCCGGAGCCGGGUAGGAGUAGUUUCCACCGCCGCCACCGGAGCUUAGAAGCCGUUGAGCAUCUGAGAGCACCGGCGCAGAGUAAGACCGUUUUUGUUGAUACAUUGCUGACAAAAUCCAAAAGAGGCGAAAUUAAUAAGCCGUCGCUGGCGGCGGCGGCGGCGGAAGUGGCAGCGCCUUGUCCUGAAGAAAAUCCGAAAACGAGGGAUGUAUCGGGCGCGAGGCUGAAGGAGGAAGAUUCAGAACCGUCGGAUCCAAUCAAAGCACAGAGGUCGCCGGCUGUGCCGGAUGAAAGCGUAGAGCGGACGUAUCAAAGAGGGGCGCGGAGAAAGGAGAAAUCGGGUCGGAAAAGGAAGAAAGAUGCAGAAGUGAAUUAUCACAUUGCAGCAACUCCGCCGUCAGCUCCUCCGCCGCCGCCGCUAAAGAGCAGUAACAGCGACCGGAAGGGAAACCCUACUAAAGAUUUCUUGAAUUCUCUUUACCAGAAAAGGAAGAAAAAGCAGAGGCAAAAGAGCGCCGACCACUUAGAUCCUCUUCUUCACGAGGCUCAAACUCCAUCGAUCUUCCAGAUCCCGCCGCCAACACCACCACCACCACCACCUCCUCCUACACAGUCGGUCUUCCAGAACCUGUUCUCAUCCAAGAAACAUAAGAGAAAGAGAAUCAUAAAAGUGACACUCGAGCCACAACUGGAACCCACUUCCUACCCCGCACCACCAACCACCGACGAGCCGCCAUCAAAGCCACCGGAAACCUCAAACAGCAGCGGCGAAUCUCCACUGAACAACCUCAUCCCGCCGCCUCCUCCACCUCCGCCGCCAGGAUUCUUCAAAACCCCCGCCUGGAAAUUCGUGGUGCAUGGAGAUUACGUCAGAAUCGACAGCAUAGAAAGCUCCAGAAGCGGGUCGCCGGACACAGACGACGGGGGCUCGCCAAAUUUCUGCCAGAGCCCGGAUGUGAAUACAAAAGCCGAGAGUUUCAUCACGAAUUUCCGGGCCAAGCUGAAGAUGGAGAAAAUCCAUUCCAUGAAGAAAAGAGAAGUAGGUUUGUCUGGGCUUGGUCCAGGUACUGGUGCAACUCAGUUCUCUCAAAGAAUAUGA